AUGAACUUUUUUUAAUAGAUGUUCUUAAUUUUUGCACUCGAUAUCUCUGGACAGAGAGUAAUAUUACCUGAAAGAAACUUCAUAAAACAUUACAAAAAGUUAAUAUAAUUAUCCAGAUUUAACUGUUGUGGAAAUGAGGAGAUAAUUGGAAUUUAUUACUUGAAGGAUAUCAAAUAUCAAUCUGAAUAUGAAUGUAUUUUAGAUCUUUUGAAAGAUAAAUAGGUGCAAGAAGACUUGACAAAAUUUAAAGAUAGAAAGGGCUUAGAAUAUGACAAGGUAAAAGACUAAUAUAUCUUCACAUUAAGUAUAAUAAUUGCAGGUAUUGAAGUCACUUAAAUGGCGGUUUCUCAUGAAGUAAUGGAAGUAUUUUAAUAUGGGUCUUAACUUGUAGUAUAAGAUAUUGGGUUAGAUUAUCAGUACCACAAUAUCUUUGAUAUUCAGUUUAGUUUUCUGCUUCUUUAAGAAACUGAUGAUAUAGGAUAUAUAUUAAAUAGAAACUAUUAAGAAUAUCACGCAAUCUCCCCAACUCAAAGUUUUCAAUAGGGGUCCUACUACUUAGAUAAACAGUAGUUAAAAAAGUGGUAUGUUUUUUAUACAUUUAGUAGCAAGGAGAUAGGAUUCACUAGAUAUCCAGAAACAAUAUCAUCUGGAAUAUCAAAGAUCGGUGGUCUAUUCUCAGUUAUAAGCUUCAUAUUUGUGCUUGUUAGAUGUUAUCAUUAGCAUCGAUUAAAAAAAAUUCUUAAAAAAAAACUUUACAACUUUGAAAAAACUUAAAAUAUUUUGAAACCUUAAAAAUUCAAUAACCCUAAUGAUUCUAUAUAAUAGAAUGAAUCACCAACUUUUUCUCAUAAUUCAGUCAAUGAUGUGUCAAGAGAAGUAAUAGCUAUAAAUAAGACUUUCAAUUUUCAAGAUGAAUCUUAAAGAAGUUUGAUGGAUUUUCCAAGGAGUAUUGAGUAAGCCUCAGAAUAGAUGAAGACCAAUAAAUUAGCCAUUCAGGAAGUAUUUAGUUUUGAGAGUAUAAUUCAAAUGCACAUAAAUCAAAAUAAAUUGCUUUUGGACAUCAAGGAAAUGAAGAAAUAGAUGCAUGAUAUGGAAUCUAAAUAUGAAGGUCUCAUUAAUGAUUUAACUUCAAAAAUACGAGAUCUGGAAAAUUAAAAUACCAAUAAUAUUCAAUUUUGA